AUGUCGGGCGCCACUCAGCUAGACAGAGCCCCUCAGUCAGAGGCUCGUGACGAUGAUUUCGAGCAGCAUACAGUAGACCAACCUGCGCCUCAUCCUGACAACGACGACACGCGGACACUCUCUGGUCACGAAGGUGGGCAAAAGCAGAAGAACUCCAAAGAGGGGGCGAAGGGGACGGAGGAGGAUGAGUGGGCAACUAAUCCUGCCAAUCCGCGCAACUGGUCUCCAGCAAAGAAAUGGCUCAUGACUUGUAUUGUCUCUCUAUAUACAUUUGUCACCCCCCUUGCUAGCUCAAUGAUGUCUCCUGCCCUUCCGGAUAUUGCCAUCCACUUCAAUAUCACAAAUGAGACUAUCUUGUCCCUCACCUUAUCUAUUUUUUUGCUCGCCUUCGCUAUCAGCCCGCUGUUUUAUGCCCCAAUGUCCGAAAUGUAUGGCAGGGUCUGGGUAUUGCACUUGAAUAACUUAGCCUUUCUCGCUUUUAAUAUCGGUUGCGCGUUUGCGAAGAAUACGGGAUCGUUCAUAGGAUUCCGCUUCCUUGCGGGCUGGGUAGGAUCCGCGCCCCUUGCCGUCGGUGGAGGCGUCAUCCAAGACGCAGAUCUGUUUGCUCCUCAACAUAGAUCGACUGCUAUGGGAUUGUACACGAUGGGGCCUCUCGUCGGCCCAGUCGUCGGUCCGAUAGCUGGCGGUUUCAUAACAGAAACAAUCGGAUACAAGUAUAUAUUCAUCGUCAUUGUCGGCGUCGCGGCCGUUGCCGCUUGCGUAGGCAUACCUUUCCUCCGCGAGACAUAUGCUCCAAUCAUCCAGCAGCGCAUUCUGCAAAAGCAGAGUGAUGAGGAAUCCCAUGCCGUCUCGUCUGCUCUGAUUCGUAGCCGUCGCGACCAGUUGGGUUUGUUAUGGACCAACCUUACGCGGCCGUUCGUCAUGCUCUCUCAGAGCCUCAUCUGCUUCGUAUUGAGUCUCUAUAUGGCACUGAUCUAUGGCAUAUAUUAUCUGAUGUUCACCACCUUCCCCGACCUCUUCUCGGACGUGUACCACUUCAGUGCUGGAAUCUCUGGUCUUACCUAUAUAGGCCUUGGAGUUGGCUUCUUGACCGCGACCUAUGGCGCUGCCCGUAUCGGCAACAAUAUUUACGCCAAUCUGAGUGCACAUAACGAUGGACAAGGGAAGCCUGAAUUCCGUGUUCCUGUGCUCAUCGUUGGAUCGUUCUUUGUGCCGAUUGGACUUUUUGUUUAUGGCUGGAGUGCGGCUGCGCACACUCACUGGAUUGUACCCAUCAUUGGGACGGCAAUAUUUGGUGCAGGGUUGAUGACGACGUUCCUCCCGAUCCAACUCUACCUCGUAGAUGCCUUCCAAUACGGUGCAUCCGCUCUGAGCGCUGCAGCGGUCUCACGCUCCCUCGUCGGGUUCGCCUUCCCCCUGUUUGGCCAACAGAUGUUCGACGCUCUUGGAUACGGAGGAGGGAAUUCGCUCCUCGCUGGUUUGGCCAUUGUUCUCGGCAUUCCCUUCCCUAUUUGGUUAUGGUACUACGGAGAGCAAAUGAGAAUGAAGAGUUCUCUUACCCGUUAG